AUGAGAAUUGGACGAGAUGGUCAUCUCUCAGCUCAAACAGGUAAUCCGGAGAUGGAACGAUCUCAGAAGUCGAAAUCGCAAGGAACACGAAAGGAUCCAUACUCACAACUCGAGAGUGAACUUCAGAGGGAAAAGGAUCACCUAAUGCUCAUUUUAGAACACAUCGACAACCAAAAACUGAAAUUGAAAACCGAGGAGACCGUUUUGCUUGCGAUGCUCAACAUUCACGAUCCAACAACCACCAAUGGCACGACAACACCUCUAUCAGACAAUGGCUUAAAUGUGGAGGAGGGUAAUUUGGUGAACAAAGGAACUCCUGUGAUUGAAAACGUUGACGCCAACUUUACGUCAGCAUUCUCGACUUCGCCAAGUAUUAGUUGUUUGAGUCCUGUUUUGAGUCAAAGUCCGAUCGAAUUAAUUGAAGAAACAUCGUCAAUUAUGCCCACUACAUUCCGUUCUUCUGGUAUACACGACGAAGGAUCAGUGUUUAAUGUCAAUGAUGAAUCUCAUACACCAGCCGCUCGAUCUGAUGAUUUGCCCAACGUCGAUUCGACCGAUAUGGAAAUUGCCAAUGCAUUAUCCAUCCUCGAGAACAUGUCGGAUUGUGAAGAUGACGAUGUGGACGGAAUGAUUAAUGUCGACGGAUCACCCUCGGUGGUCAACGAUAACGCAUAUGAUACGGGUAAGUUGUGA